GCCAUGGAGAAAUCCCUUGAAAGUAAAAAUGGCCACCUGGACCUGUUUGUCCGCUUCCUACAUGGCCUCUCUCUGGAGUCCAACCAGAGACUCUUAGGAGGCCUGCUGGGUCAGACAGACAACGGUCCAGAAAUCAUCCAGAGAGCCAUCAACAACCUGAAGGAGAUGAAGAAGACCAAUAUCUCUCCUGACAGAAGCAUCAACAUCUUCCACUGUCUGACGGAGAUGAACGACCACUCAGUCCAUCAGGAGAUCCAAAUGUUCCUGAAGUCAAAGAACCGAUCAUGGAAGGAGAUCCACUGCUCAGCAAAGAAGAGACUCUCUGUGAUUCAGUGCUCAGCUCUGGCCUACAUGCUGCAGAUGUCAGAGGAGGUUCUGGAUGAGUUGGACCUGGGGCAGUACAACACAUCAGAUGAGGGACGACUGAGACUGGUUCCAGCUGUGAGGAACUGCAGAAAGGCUCGAUUGAGGAGCUGCAGUUUGUCAGAGAUCAGCUGUGCUUCUCUGGCCUCAGUUCUGAAGUCCAACCCUCCCAUCUGAGAGAGCUGGACCUGAUGGACAACAAGAACCUGAAGGA